UUCCUGUUUGCCCAUGUCAACAUAUCCAGCAACCUGAACACCGUAUUCUGUGCAAAAUCUGGGGAUUAUAUUCAUUUAUAUUGUAUAAUUUACAGUAAUUAUGAUUCCUUAUACUGUCAAUAUCAAACUCGCCGCUCGGACUUUGACUGGCACGCUCAAUUUGCAGAAUAGAACCGCUGUAGACUGGGGCUGGCAGGGGCUGAUCGCUCAGGGAUGCCACUCAAGCAUCCUCAUCAUCGACCCCAACACCUCCCAGACCAUCCAGGUCCUGGAGAGGCACAAAGCCAAUGUUGUGAAGGUGAAGUGGUCCAGGGAGAACUACCACCACAGCCUGAGCUCUCCCUACUCCCUGCGCCUGGCGUCUGGAGACGCGUCGGGGAAGAUCAUCGUGUGGGACGUGGUGAGUGGGACAGCCCACUGUGAGAUCCAGGAGCACUCCAAACCCAUCCAGGACCUGGAGUGGCUGUGGAACCAGGAUGCAUCUCGUGACCUCCUGUUGGCCGUCCACCCCCCUAACUAUAUCGUCCUCUGGAACGGAGACACAGGGACCAAACUGUGGAGGCGGAGCUACGCUGAGAACAUCCUCUCCUUCUCCUUCGACCCCUUCGACCCCUCCAACAUGGCUUUGCUGACCAGCGAGGGGAUCGUCUUCAUCACAGACUUCUCCCAUUCCAAGCCUCCGGCCAGCGGGGGCAAGAAGGUGUACAUAGCUAGCCCCCACGCCAGCCCCGCCCACACCAAGCCCCCACCCGCCACCGUGCCCGCCCCCACGGGUGCCAAGAAGGCCCUGAACAAGGUCAAGGUGCUCAUCACCAACGAGAAACCCACGGCGGAGGCUGUAACGCUGAAUGACUGCCUGCAGCUGUCCUACCUGCCCUCCAAGAGGAGCCACAUGCUGCUGCUGUACCCGCGGGAGAUCCUCAUCCUGGACCUGGAGCUCAGCCAGACCGUGGGCGUGGUGGCCAUCGAACGGUCUGGAGUCCCCUUUAUCCAGGUGAUCCCGUGUGCCCAGAGAGAUGCCCUUUACUGUCUCCAUGAGAAUGGCUGCAUCACCUUGAGAGUGUGUCGCUCCACGACCGCUGCCCCUGACGAAACAGACCCAGAGCAGGCUGUGCAGGAGUUGGUGUAUGAUCUGAGGUCUCAGUGUGAUGCUAUCCGGGUCACUAAGACUGUGCGUCCGUACCGCAUGGUCAUCUGUCCGGUCAACGAGAACAACGCUGCUCUCACAGUGAGCGAUGGCAGGGUCAUGCUCUGGGAGCUGAAGACCCACACUGGCAAGGCCAUGUCCAACCCCAGCUCAGGCCUGUCCCCCCUCUACUCCCCCAUAUCCUUCUGUGGAACGCCCCUGGGACAGAACCAGAAGAGGAUCCUGGAUCUCUCUCUCAACACCAUGAUCGGUCAGGGCCUGCUCACAGGGGAGGCCCCCUCCCUCUCCCCCCAGCAGGAGGUGCAGCUGAAGUUCUUGCUGACGGGGCUGUUGUCCGGUUUGCCCCUGCCCCCCUUCUGCCUCCGCAUGUGUCCUCCGCUCACCACCAAGAACAUCAGCCACUACCAGCCGCUGCUGGCCGUGGGCACCAGUAAUGGAUCGGUGCUGGUGUACAACCUGACCAGCGGCCUGCUGCACAAGGAGCUGAGCGUCCACUCCUGUGAAGUCAAGGGAAUUGAAUGGGUGAGUCUCACCAGCUUCCUGUCUGUGGCCACCUCUGCCCCCAACAACAUGGGCAUGGUAAGGAAUGAGCUCCAGCAUGUGGACCUGCCCACAGGCAGGUGCUUUGCAUUCCGAGGUGAGCGAGGGAAUGACGAGCCGGCCAUUGAGAUGAUUAAAGUGUCGCAUCUGAAGCAGUACCUGGUGGUGGUGUUCAGAGACAAGCCUCUGGAGCUGUGGGACGUGAGGACCGGCAGCCUGCUGAGGGAGAUGGCCAAGAACUUCCCAACUGUCACCGCACUGGAGUGGUCCCCCUCCCACAACUUGAAGAGUCUUAAGAAGAAGCAGAUGGCUGCUCGGGAGGCCAUGGUCCGACAGACGGUGUCGGACGCGGAGCAGAGCGUGGAGUCCUCGGUCAUCAGCCUUCUCCAGGACGCUGAGAGCAAGUCAGAGACGAGCCAGGCCAUUUCAGCCCGGGAACACUUUGUGUUCACAGACACAGACGGACAGGUGUACCACAUCACUGUGGAGGGAAACACCGUGAAGGACGGAGCACGCAUCCCCCCGGACGGCAGCAUGGGGAGUAUCGCCUGCAUCGCGUGGAAGGGAGACACCCUCGUCCUGGGGGACGUGGACGGAAACCUCAACUUCUGGGACCUGAAGGCCCGACUGUCCAGGGGCAUCCCGACCCACCGGGGCUGGGUAAAGAAGAUCCGCUUUGCCCCGGGGAAGGGCAACCAGAAGCUGCUGGUCAUGUACACAGACGGAGCUGAGGUCUGGGACACCAAGGAGGUGCAGAUGGUGAGCAGCCUGCGGAUUGGUCGGAACGUGAACUACCGUAUCCUGGACAUUGAUUGGUGCACGUCAGACAAGGUGACCCUGGCCUCGGAUGACGGCUGCAUCCGUGUGCUGGAGAUGGCCAUGAAGUCUGCCAGCUACCGCAUGGAUGAGCAAGACCUGACCGACCCAGUGUGGUGCCCCUACCUGCUGCUGCCCCGAGCUGCCCUCACCCUGAAGGCCUUCCUUCAGCUCCAGCCCUGGUCGGGCUCCUUCACCAUGGACAUCUCACAAGUUGAUUACAGUGAAAAAGAGGAGAUUAAAGGACUCAUACAGGAGCAGCUCAACUCCAUGUCCAAUGACAUGAAGAGUGUUCUCCAGGAUCCAGAGCUCAACCUCCUGCAGCGAUGCCUCCUGGUGUCACGGUUGUUUGGAGAUGAGUCGGACCUGCACUUUUGGACCGUGGCGGCCCACUACAUCCAGGCCUUUUCCCAGGCUCGCCAACUCAGCGUGCCCCCUGCAGAGGGCCCCCAGGGCCCCCCCGGAACCCCCCAGGGCCACCUAGACAUCUGCCACGACACCCUGUGUGAGAGCAACUACUUCCAGAAGUUCCAGCUUGAGAGAGUCCAUCUGCAGGAGGUGAAGAGGUCUAGUUAUGAACACACCAAGAAGUGUGCUGAUCAGCUCCUCCUGCUGGGCCAGACGGACAGGGCCGUGCAGUUGCUAUUGGAGACGAGCGCCGACAACCCCAGCUACUACUGUGACUCUCUGAAAGCGUGUCUGGUCACCACCAUUACCUCCUCCGGCCCCUCCCAGUCUACCAUCAAACUGGUGGCCACCAACAUGAUCGCCAAUGGCAAGCUGGCAGAGGGUGUGCAGCUGUUGUGUUUGAUUGACAAGGCUGUGGACGCAUGUCGUUACCUGCAGACUUAUGGAGAGUGGAACCGUGCUGCAUGGCUGGCUAAGGUGCGUCUGAACCCUGCAGAGAGCUCUGACGUGCUGAAGCGCUGGGCUGAGCACCUGUGCUCCCCGCAGGUCAACCACAAGUCCAAGGCUGUGCUGGUACUGCUCUCUCUGGGAUGCUUCCACAAAGUGGGGGAGAUGCUGCACAGUAUGAGAUACUUCGACCGCGCUGCUCUCUUCAUAGAAGCCUGUCUGAAGUAUGGCGUGAUGGAGGCCAACGACUCAACCAAUAAGCUGAUCGGGGCUGCGUUUGUGGACUACGCCAGGCUGCUGCGCUCCUGGGGCCUGCGGGAGGGCGCUGCGCUGUGGGCUUCACGGGCAGGGGGUGCUGGAGAGCAGUUGCUGGAGGAGCUGUUCCAGGGUGAGGGAGCAGGGCCAGAGCCCAGCCCCGGGGAGGAAGAGGCGGAGCAGGGCCUGGAUACCAGCGAGUAGCCCCCCCCUCACCCUGGAGCAGAGCUGUCCUGUCCCUCGCCUGGCCCUCGCCAUCCUUGAGGGAGGAAGGCCCUGGGUCAGUACGGAGGAUCAGGGUUAGAACACGGGGGAAAGAUCAUCCUCUACUCUGUCAAUCACUGGAGUCGGCAUUUGUGUUUGUGUGUUUGAUUUGGUGUGGAGACCAGCAGUCUGUUUCUGGUCUCUAUGCUCCAGCAGGUUAGCAUUCAACGUUCCUUGUUGGUUGAUUUGAACUAUUGACAUUUUAAAUGGUUUAUUAUCAAGCUGUAUUUGGUGUGGCCCUUACCAACUCUAACUCUUUAUGUGGUGUGGUCAGUGGUGAAACCUGAUUGUUGUAUGAACUCCUGCAGUAUGCACAGUAUGCGUUGGUUCUGUUUAUUCUGUACCUGCACUCUUGUUGUGUUUGUGUGUUGUCUCAUGGCUACAUGACUGAAUUGCAUUCCAAAAGAUUUAAUCAAUAGAUGUUUGCACUUUUUUUUUUUUAUUUGUACAUGUUUUAUGUAUCCAAAUAAUUCCCCCUAUUAGAACCCAAGUCCUCUUGAGCUCUGACUGGAAGUCUGCCUGAGGAAGGAGGGAGAGAAACUGUGCACAUCUAGAGAGAAUAUCAAGUACAGUCUACACAGAGUUAGGUUUACAACCCUGACCUCUAAACAAAGCAGAGCGCCUGUCUGGGUGUCCCUGGGCAGGAGUCUAAACACACAGAUCACAUGCAGUAUGCAACAUGUGUCAUGGGUUUGUUAAUAGGCUAAUAUUCACCCUUGUUAAAGAUCUGACUUGAAAAUUAUCUUUGCCUUUUUCUGUGACAUAGAAACUGAAUCUUUGUUCAUCAUUGUGAGUCACAUAAGGCUAUAUCAACUUUCCCACAACAAACGUUGCCUUUUGAUCCUGUUAGUGUUGAGAGCUACAGUAGGCGGUUACGAUCCUGUAUUGUACAAUGAGUUUGUUUGGAUGUUAUGCGUUAACAAAAUGGUAUUGUUGUUUGUAUAGUCCACAUGAGGAGCCUCAGUUGUGUUCCAGGCUCAUUUCAGACCAGCAGCUGAGAGCUGCUUUGUAUGCUGGGAUCAGAGCAUCCAGUCCCAGCACUCGUACCUGCCCUCGGAGCAUCCAGUCCCCACCUGCCCACCAGCCCACCUGUCCAGGGACCAGUGGGAGUGGUGUGAACAGUUGUUUAGUAACUAUGAUGCAAUAUUUUAUCUAAAUCUAUGGAUCGUCCUUUAGUUCUUGUCUCCCCCCCCCCUUCCAGCACUUUUCCAAUUCACUGUGUAAUCCUGUAUUAUUGUCCUCCAGUCAAACCAUGCUGUAUUGUAGAGCAGUGUGUACACACCUCCAUUCUGCAGAAGUCUGAAUAUUGGAACUAAUAAACAUUGCUUUGUGCUUUUUUGUUGUCAAUCUCAGAACUGUUGUCGUGAAGAGGUUAGAAAAUGUAGCAGUUAGAGAAACAAAGUUAAACAUGCCUUUGUUUCGUCAUAACACCUUUUUCAUUGUUCCUCCCUCGCGACCCUCACAUUUGCUUUAACCCUUAAUCUAUGACAAGAAGAUGUAUGUAUAAGUGGAGAGCAAUAAAAGCUAAAAUAUGUAUAUUG